AGAGGACCGCUCAAGUACACGACUGUGGGAUUCGCCUUCCUCCUCUAAAAAGAUAUUUUCGUCUUAGACGUUUCUCGAACUUCCAGAGCUCAGGGGAAUAUGGCGAACACGUGGGAGGCGAUGAAGGGCGCCAAGCUCAGCGAGCCGACGCUUGCCUUUCUCAAGGACAACUUAAAGUACACCUCCAUGGCCCCUGUGCAGGCCCGCACCAUUCCCCUUUUUCUCACCAACUACGACGUCGUCGUGGAGGCGAUCACCGGCAGCGGAAAGACGCUCGCGUACCUCAUCCCGGCUCUCGAGGUGCUGCUUCGCCCGCGUUGCAGGGAAUUCGCAGCAGAGUAUAAGAACGCCGUCUUUGCCGUCUUUGUGCUGCCGUCGCGUGAGCUGGCGCAGCAGGUGUUCCAAAUUACAAAGCGGAUGUUGCACUUCGUGACGAAGGAGUACAAGGGCGGCAGCCCCGCCAACGGCCUCCCCGCCUAUUCCUAUCAGUGCUACAUCGGCGGCCGUGAUAUCAAGCACGAUGUGGAGGAGUUCAGUAAGCAGGGCGGCAAUGUGCUGGUCGGCACGCCUGGGCGGCUGUUCGAGCUUCUCGUUUCGUCCAAGUACUCGACCCUCUUCAACUUUAGUCAGUUCGAACUGCUCAUUCUCGAUGAGGCGGAUAAGCUGCUGGAGUUCGGCUUCAAAACAAAGUUGGACGCCAUUCUCAAGCGACUGCCGAAGCAGCGCCGCACCGGUUUGUUCAGCGCCACACAGACUAAGGAGUUGACGGAGCUGGCGCGGGCCGGGAUGCGCAACCCUGUGUCGGUCACGGUGCGCAUCAACUCGCUUAACUCCGCCGCCUCCGACUCUGCCAAGCCACAAAUCCCAGAGCAGCUGUCGAACUUCUACGCCUUCACACGGGCGUCGGAAAAGCUGGACCGGCUGCUGGAGUUCCUCGCUACGCGGAAGGACGCGAAGGUGCUGAUCUAUGUUAUGACGUGCGCGAGUGUGGAGUGGCUUUACGAGGCGCUGGCGACCGUCUUAUGCAGAGAUGACGCCGACAACGUCUUUGCCCUGCAUGGGCAGAUGAAGCUGGACAAGCGGCAGAGGGUGCACCGGCAGGUGACGAAGCGGACGCGUUGUGUGCUCGUCUGCACCGAUGUUGCGGCCCGUGGACUGGACAUUCCUGAAGUCGGCGUCGUCAUCCAAUACGACCCGCCCGUCGACCCGAGCACGUUUAUCCACCGUAUUGGACGCACGGCUCGCAUGGGCCGCAGUGGGGAGAGCGUUGUCUUGUUGAUGCCGCAGGAGCUGGAGUACGUGAACUUUAUGCGGCUGCAGAACGUCCCUCUGCAAGCCUUGGACGAGGAGCGCGACAGCAUCGAGACGGCGAAGGAGGUGGUGCACCACAUGAACGCACGCCGCACCCUUCUUAGCUCCGAAGUGCCGGACAAGCGAAAGGCAAUUCAUCAGGCACACCGCGAGAAGCAACUCUCCCGCAGCGAACGUCGCCAGCAGCUUCACGAGGCCCAUCAAGCGAAACUGCACGGCAAGAGUCAGCGCUUCGCCAAAAAGAAGGAGGUGAUGGGCGACAUGUGCGACAGCCCGUCUGUGCUCGCAUUGCGCAGGGCGGAGUGUGACAACGAAAAGCUGCUGAACCUCGCCGCCCGCGCCUUCGUCUCGUUCCUGCGUGCGUACAAGGAGCAUGAGUGCCGCUACAUCUUCCAGCUGCAGCUCAUCGACCUCACCGACCUCACUCACGGCUUUGCGCUCUUUAAGAUCCCGAACUGCGGCGAGAUUAAGCGCAUGCAGGUGCUGCGCAUCCCUCUGCAGCCGGAGUUUGCAGACUUUGUGAAACGCAUGGAGUCGGCACUGCGCGAGAAGCGGCAACGUGCGGCGGAGGAGCAGGCCGCCGCCGAUGCUGCAGAGGACGACGAUGGUGAGGACAAUCCAGGGCACAAGCGACACCGCACCGAGCGUAAUGAGAAAUUGGAGGCGUUGAAGCUGAUGAAGAUGUCCAAGUCGGAGCGCAGUCGGGCCUGGCGGCAGGCCGAGAUCGACGAACUGCUGAAGGACAGCUAUUACGUGAAGAAGGAGCGCCGGGGUAAGGUACGGCAGAGCGUGGUAGAUGAGAAGAUGGGCAUGGAGGCCAUUGAGAACUCGUUCCUCAGCGUUCGUGAGCGCAAGGAGGUGCGUCUGGCGCGUCAGAAGCGUUAG